AUGUCGGAUUCAAACCAAGGUAACAAUCAGCAAAGCUACCAGCAAUACGGCCAAAACUCUAACCAACAACAAGGUAACAACAGAUACCAAGGUUAUCAAGCUUACAAUGCUCAAUCCCAACCUGCAGGUGGAUAUUACCAAAAUUACCAAGGUUAUUCUGGGUACCAGCAAGGCAGCUACCAACAGCACAAUCCAGACGCCGGUUAUCAGCAACAAUAUAAUCCCCAAGGUGGCUAUCAACAGUACAAUCCUCAAGGCGGUUAUCAGCAACAGUUCAAUCCACAAGGUGGCCGUGGCAAUUACAAAAACUUCAACUACAAUAACAAUGCACAAGGAUAUCAAGCUGGUUUCCAACCACAGUCUCAAGGUAUGUCUUUGAACGACUUCCAAAAGCAACAAAAGCAAGCCGCUCCCAAACCAAAGAAAACUUUGAAGCUUGUUUCCAGUUCCGGUAUCAAGUUGGCCAAUGCUACCAAGAAGGUCGACACAAAACCUGCCGGAUCUGAAAUGAAGGAGGAAGACAAACCCACCGAAAACAAAGAACCAACCAAAGAACCAACAAAACUCGAAGAACCAGUUGAAAAAGAAGAGAAACCAGUUAAGGCCGAAGAAAAAAAGGAGCAGAAAUCGGAACUGCCAAAGGUAGAAGACCUGAAAAUCUCUGAAUCGACAGAUGACACCAACAAUGCCAACGUUAACAGUGCUGAUGCCUUGAUCAAAGAACAGGAAGAAGAAGUCGAUGACGAAGUUGUUAAUGACAUGUUCGGGGGUAAGGAUCACGUUUCUUUAAUUUUCAUGGGCCAUGUUGAUGCUGGUAAAUCCACUAUGGGUGGUAAUCUACUGUACUUGACCGGCUCUGUCGAUAAGAGAACAAUUGAGAAAUAUGAAAGAGAGGCCAAGGAUGCGGGCAGACAGGGUUGGUACUUGUCAUGGGUCAUGGAUACCAACAAAGAAGAAAGAAAUGAUGGUAAAACAAUUGAAGUUGGUAAAGCCUACUUCGAAACUGAAAAAAGGCGUUAUACUAUAUUGGAUGCCCCUGGUCAUAAAAUGUACGUUUCCGAGAUGAUCGGUGGUGCUUCUCAAGCUGAUGUUGGUGUUUUGGUCAUUUCCGCCAGAAAGGGUGAGUACGAAACUGGUUUUGAAAGAGGUGGUCAAACACGUGAACACGCUCUAUUAGCCAAGACCCAAGGUGUUAAUAAGAUGGUUGUUGUCGUAAAUAAGAUGGAUGACCCAACUGUUAACUGGUCUAAGGAACGUUAUGACCAAUGUGUGAGUAAUGUCAGCAAUUUCUUGAGAGCAAUUGGCUACAAUAUCAAGACAGAUGUUGUAUUCAUGCCAGUAUCUGGUUACAGUGGUGCAAACCUGAAAGAUCACGUAGACCCAAAAGAAUGCCCAUGGUACACUGGCCCAACUCUGUUGGAAUAUUUGGACACAAUGAACCACGUCGACCGUCACAUCAAUGCUCCCUUCAUGUUGCCUAUUGCCGCUAAGAUGAAGGAUUUAGGUACCAUCGUUGAAGGUAAGAUUGAAUCUGGUCAUAUCAAAAAGGGCCAAUCCACGCUAUUGAUGCCUAACAAAACCGCAGUGGAAAUUCAAAACAUUUACAACGAAACUGAAAAUGAAGUUGACAUGGCUAUGUGUGGUGAACAAGUUAAACUAAGAAUCAAAGGUGUUGAAGAAGAAGACAUUUCACCAGGGUUCGUACUAACAUCACCAAAGAACCCUAUCAAAAGUGUUACCAAGUUUGUAGCUCAAAUUGCGAUUGUCGAGUUAAAAUCUAUUAUUGCUGCUGGUUUUUCAUGCGUUAUGCAUGUUCAUACAGCAAUCGAAGAAGUUCAUAUUGUUAAGUUAUUGCACAAAUUGGAAAAGGGUACUAACCGUAAAUCAAAGAAACCACCUGCGUUUGCUAAGAAGGGUAUGAAGGUCAUUGCUGUCUUAGAGACUGAAGCUCCAGUUUGUGUCGAGACUUACCAAGAUUACCCUCAAUUAGGUAGAUUCACUUUGAGAGAUCAAGGUACCACAAUAGCAAUUGGUAAGAUUGUUAAAAUUGCUGAAUAA